AUUUUUCAUCACCCAACUGCAGCUUGGAGGCAGCCACUCUCCGCCGAGCAGGACUGUAUGGCAAGCAGCCCCCGCUGAAGGGUUGAGGAUGAGCGUCCCUGUGGCUCCCAAGAAAUCAUGUUACGCUCAGUUGCAGGAUAACAGAAACGGAGCGAAAAAUAACAAUGAGAGUAUCCUAAGUCUAGGAGACACAAAUGCCAAUCAAAUCAUGCUGGAGGUCAGCUCCUCUCUUGAUGAGUCCCAGGCAAGUGACCUGGCAGGGGAACUUGGAAAUGCAAACUUAAGCGAGCCCCAAAACCGUACCCAUUUCCAUAAGGACUUCCACCAACCUCAGGGCUUCGAGAAAGGAUCCCAGGCUGGCUCCAGCGGCCUGAGAGAGUCUAGACUCACUUCGAGUGUUCACAGGGAACGGAAUGACGAGCACACGCCGGAGAGAGGCUCAGAUCUCCCGCAGGCCCCUCGGAGUGUGCAGGGACCGAGUCUGCUGAGCUGGAGGAACGUGAUGGGUGAGGCCAGUCUGGAGGUUUUGGCCAAAAGGGAAGCGGAAACUCCGAGGCACAUUCCCAAGGAUAAACUGGCGAAGACCCUUGACAAUGAGGAACUGAGGCGGCAUUCUCUGGAAAGGGCGGGUGGCCCUGCAGUGGCGGCGGGGGGCCUGGCUCGGCAGCAGCCACAGCCGGCACCCCUGGGUGCCCUGGAAGCCCGGUGCCAUGUGCCCGGGGCUGGGGAGGGGCCGCAGAAGACGCUGACGGACCACUCUCUGGGGACAGCUUUCCCUCCGACCGACAGCACCUCGCAGGGGAGGAGUGUGCGUCACCCCAAACCAUCUACCUCAGACACCAAGGAGACCAGGCCCACAGAGGCCAAGCCGGAGGGGGGCCUCGGCCUGGACGCUUGCCGGGAGCACCCGUCACGGUCCGCCCAGCCAGAACCCGCCCGGAAUUCCACUUUGCCAUCAAAGGAGGUCCUGAGCAAGCCAGAAGCACAAGUAGGUCAGGGAAAGGGGGAGCCUAAGCUCGCGCCGGAACAUGUCCAGCCCCGGGCCACGCAGGAGUUGGCGUCAGCCCAGGCAGGGGACUUGGGGCGCCCCCACGCUGGGGAGAAGACAGGAGUCAGCCCGGGGGAGGAGGGUCCCCUCCAAACCGCCCCCACACAGGGCCCUGCUUCCUUGGGAGCGACAGGUCAUCAGCCCUCUGACAAGACUUCGCCGUGUGCAGGUAGGAAGUUGGGUGAAAUGACAUCUGGGAACUUUUCACCGGGUGACAGUCAUGUGGCCUUUAUUCCUAGUGAUCCGACUGACGAUAAGCCCUCAGAUGUCACCGAGGGGGAAGGGCCACAGGGCUGUGCGGACAAGGACCAUGCUCUGGUUUUGGCAUCAGUUCCUUCUGUUGGAGAGAGCAACACUGAGGCCCCUGGGCCCCCGGACCUUCAAAGCAACUGCUCAGAAGCAGGAGAAAGGAAAGAGAUCGCCACACCUGUGGCUGAAAGUAGGGACCUUCUAGAAAACGCAGCUAAGAUUGAAAGCACCCCAGCAAGAGCAGAUUCGGUUCUCAAUAAUAUCCCAGCGCCCCUCCACCCAGAGACAACUGUGAACACGACCCACCAGCCUGCAACACCCAGUAGCCAUUUUCAGGACGUCAGCGUGUUCAGCGUGGACACAGGGUCGCCCUCGGUGGUGGUCCCAGCCCCCGGCGACAGUGUGCGGUUGUUGAACACAUCCCUGAAAGUGCCUGACAGGAACACCUGCCCCAGUGGGAUCCCCAAGCCUGUCUUCACGCAUUCCAAGGACACGCCUUCCUCGCAGGAGGGAAUGGAGAACCUUCAGGUGGAAAAACCAGAAGAGAGGGCAGAAACCAAGCCCAUCAUUAUGCCCAAGCCCAAGCACGUGAGGCCCAAGAUCAUCACCUACAUCAGGAGGAAUCCGCAGGCCCUGGGCCAGGGGGACGCUUCGCUGGUCCCCGUGGGGCUUCCGUAUGCCCCGCCCGCAUGCAGCAUGCCUCUCCCCCAGGAGGAGGGGCUGGCGAGUGGAGACCUUAAGCCAUCUGCCAACCUCUACGAGAAGUUCAAGCCAGACUUGCAGAAGCCCAGGGUCUUCAGUUCCGGAUUGAUGGUGUCUGGGAUCAAGCCCCCAGGGCAUCAUUUCAGUCAAAUGAGUGAAAAGUUUUUGCAGGAGGUUACAGACCACUCUGGGAAAGAAGAAUUCUGCUCUCCUCCCUACACGCACUACGAAGUCCCUCCGACUUUCUACCGGUCGGCCAUGCUCCUCAAACCCCAGCUGGGACUGGGGGCGAUGUCCCGGUUGCCUUCUGCAAAGAGCAGGAUUCUGAUCGCGAGUCAGAGGUCUUCGGCGAGUGCCAUCCACCCGCCAGGACCCAUAGCGACAGCUGCCAGUCUCUACGCGUCGGACCCUUCAGCUGAUUUAAAGAAAGUCUCCAGUUCAAAUGCUGUAAAGUCCAGUCUCCCGAAAUCUGGGCUUCGUCCUCCUGGGUACUCCCGUCUCCCGGCAGCCAAGCUGGCGGCGUUUGGCUUCGUCCGGAGCUCCAGCGUCUCCUCCGUGUCCAGCACCCAGUCCGCGGACAGCGCCCCUCCGGAGCAGGGCCGGCUGGCGUCGCGUUCAACCUUUGGGAACGAGGAGCAGCCGGCGCUGAAGGUGGCACUGCCUUCUAAAGACACACCCAAGGGGGCCGGCCGGGUGGUCCCGCCAGCUUCCUCCAGCGCGACAGCAGCCCGCAGGAGCUUACUUCCAGCGCCAAAAUCCACUUCCACACCCGCCGGAACAAAGAAAGAAGCACAAAAAGAUCAAGAUACUAGUAAACCUGCUGUUUCAUCGCCUAAGAGAGUAGCAGCUUCAACCACCAAGCUUCAUUCACCAGGCCACCCGAAGCAGCGGAGCGCGCCGGGCCGGAGCGCGUGCGGGCCGCGGCCGGAGGCGCCGGCGCGCGAGGCGGAGCGGCAGCUGGCGCAGCGUGCGGGAGCGCUCGAGCGGCAGCGCGGCAGCGGCCGGCGCGCCGCCGAGCUGGGCAGGGCCGCGCGCGGCUUCGACGCCCUGGCCGUGGCCGCGCAGCAUUUCUUUCGAAAGAAUGAAAGUGCCCUUGUGAAAGAAAAAGAGCUGUCAAUCGAACUUGCAAACAUCAGGGAUGAAGUUGCCUUCCAUACGGCAAAGUGUGAGAAGCUACAGAAGGAGAAGGAGGAGCUGGAGAGGCGGUUCGAGGACGAGGUGAGGAGGCUGGGCUGGCAGCAGCAGGCCCAGCUGCAGGAGCUGGAGGAGCGGCUGCAGCUGCAAUUUGAGGCGGAGGCGGCACGCCUGCAGGAGGAGCACCACGACCAGCUGCUGAGGAUCCGGUGUCAGCACCAGGAGCAGGUGGAAGACAUCACAGCCAGCCAUGAGGCUGCUCUCCUAGACAUGGAAAACAGCCACACAGUCGCCAUCGCGAUCCUGCAGGAUGACCACGACCACAAGGUCCAAGAAUUGAUGUCCACCCACGAGCUUGAAAAGAAAGAAUUGGAAGAAAAUUUUGAAAAGCUGCGGCUGUCAUUGCAGGACCAGGUGGACACGCUGACCUUCCAGAGCCAGUCUCUGCGGGACAGAGCCCGACGCUUCGAGGAGGCUUUGAGGAAAAACACCGAGGAGCAGCUGGAGAUUGCGCUGGCUCCUUAUCAGCACUUGGAAGAAGACAUGAAGAGUCUGAAGCAGGUAUUAGAGAUGAAGAAUCAGCAGAUACACCAGCAGGAAAAGAAGAUUAUUGAGCUGGAGAAGCUGGUGGAAAAGAACAUUGUCUUGGAAGAAAAGAUCCAAGUUCUCCAACAGCAGAAUGAAGACCUCAAAGCAAGGAUCGACCAAAACACAGUUGUCACCAGACAACUGUCGGAGGAAAACGCUAAUCUCCAGGAAUAUGUGGAAAAAGAAACCCAGGAGAAGAAGAGAUUGAGCCGAACCAACGAAGAGCUGCUUUGGAAGCUCCAGACUGGGGACCCGACCAGCCCCAUUAAACUCUCCCCCACGUCCCCCGUUUACCGUGGCUCCUCCUCGGGGCCCUCGUCCCCGGCCAGAGUCAGCACGACGCCCAGAUGACGCCGCCACGCCGCCCUCAGGAGCUCCGGCCUCCAGCGUGUCCAGCGCGUCCGCCCCAAGGGAGCACCGAGCAGGUGCCGCCGGAGCUGGCCCUGUGCGCAUGCGCGGUAGCUGCACCACGCACCCCGGGCCGCGCCCUCCUCCGAUCCCCGCGUGAGACUGUCCCGGUAUCGGCACUUAGGAAAGUGUAAAUGGUAGAGUCUGAUGUGCGAACGUUUUACCAUAGUUAGAGCCAAAAGAAAGACACUUCCAAUUGUUCUUGAGCAAUGAACUUUCACUGCAGAAUUUCAGGUUAGUUGCAGAUAGCUCAGUUUUCAAUAAUCAUUGAAUAAUCAUUGUGUGCUGCACCGAUAUGUGUGUAUAUUUAGAUACACGUAUAUGCACAUGCGGCGGUUCUGAAUUGCAUUUUUUAUAACAUGAAGUGCUGACAUAUUUUAGUGGAGGUCAGCAGUUUUCUAGCUUGUGCCUAAGAAUUAUUGGGAAAUGAAAAUGCAUUUCUAUCUAGCUUCCCAGGAAUAUUUCUACCCAAAAUAGAAAAAGGAAAAAAAAAAAAAAGAUACAGAGAAGAAGCGCCUUUCAACCCACCACCAAGUGGUACUCUCUCUACCACGAACACCAGCGAUCUGUGAACGGUAGCUGCCUUUGGAACAAUCAGCUUCUUAGUCACCAUGAUGUGAGGUCACUGUUAUUCCAUUCGCAAGUUUUAAUUAUUAAUGCUCCUGUCGUGAGUGGAGAAGCAGUGGGAAACCCUACGGGGCUUAGCAGUUUUGCAGAUGUUAACUCAUGACAGUGACUCAUCUAUAAUAGUCUUGUAAACACAAGUUUUGCUUUUUUCCUAAAUGGCAUCUCGGAAUCAGUCAUUAAGCUAUUGUUGCACCCGAGGGGAAACCAUAGAAGAGCAUGACCUGUCAGUGAGAGUGAGGAUGACCUUGGAGAUGACCGAGACCAUUCAUGCUCCAUCCUCGUAAAGGAAACUGCUGAUAGGUCCAUACUUUGAUCAGGCACAGAGCGGGAAAGUGUGCCCCAGCCUUCCCUGUGCUGUAAAUGGUCAACUCAUUGAAAUGUGGCCCCCAUUUCAUAGGCAACCCCCACUUCGAUUUGGUUCUAUCAUCAACCCCUUCACUCCACAUUGAGAUGGCUCAGGGGUUCUAGCAGGGGCUUCCAGAAAACCAACCUUUCUGUCCCGAGGGACCAGUUCUAAGCUGUGCUAGAUCAUCACACGAACUCCCAGAAACCCAUUUGUACUUUCUGCUGGAUGAUCAAGUGACACUGAGGCUGCCGGUGGUCGUGCCGGAGGCCCAGGAUGUUCUCCCAAACAGAGGAGCCCAACGAAACAGCCAGCCAGGGGUCACGGCUGCUGGACUGGCAUCUGUCUCUGAAAUGGUAGAAUUAGAAUAUGAAAGGUAUUCAUGUAGUGCUGUGGAAGAUUAGGAGCAUGAUACCCAAAAGGAAGAAGUAGUUUUAACAGUCGAUAUGGUGAUGAUGAUGAUGCCUUUGUUUCCUGUGUGUGACAAAGACCCUGCACUCUUCUCCCUAAAGCCCCUAAAAUUUGUCCUGAGCACAGGCAUGUCUUUGAGCAUGUCCAAAGCAACAAGUCCCAUGCAGGGUCCUGCAGGGGCCAGAGCCAUGGAGCAAGGAAGCAACAGCCCAUGACAGGGGUCAGCUCCCCCGGGGCCCAGCCCACUGGACACAUGUGUGGCCAACGUGAAGGCAGGUGUGAUCUAUGUCCCUUGCAUGAGUCAAAGUUGGGGUCCCCGGGUCCUGCUCAUUCUGGGGACAUACACAGCAGGCACUCAGUGAAGCAACAUUUCUCUUUCCUUUAGAGGCUCUGCGUGAUGCCGUGCCACUGAGUUGGGCGCUCCGUUAGAGUCCGGCCGCACGGACUGAAUGCACAGUUAUUUAUCCUUUUAGCAGGCACACCCUGCACAAACAUAGCAAGUUCGGUUGCAGCUUAGCUCUCCGAAGGAGGACCCGCUUACCUAACCGCACCUGCUGAAUGUAGUUACACAGCAAUACCGGCUUCGGUGUGACGUUAGGAUGUGGUACAGUGUGGUAGGCUGUUGUGGUCAAAGUCGUAGCGAUGUUAGAACUAAGUACUCCCUCCUAGGUGGACUGCCCUCUCCAGCCCUUAGCCUGGGUGUGGGCUAAUGUCCACAGGGCCCUGGCUUCUUCCCUUCAUCACGGACACCUAUCAACGUGUGGAUCCACGUCCUCUGAGCUGGCACCGCCCCCGAGACACACGGGACAGCCACUGUGCCUCCUCCUCGAUCCUGCCCCCCCACCAUCAGGAUGCGGCCUCCCUGCACAGGGCGUCUGCCCCGGCCGCCUGCCGGGCUGGAGCGAUGUCUCUGAGUGCAGGUGCUGCAGGCUCCCCACCUCUCUCGGGCAGACCCACCAGACGUCACUGGUGUCUUCGUGGCAUUUGGGAGAUGCAUCGGUGGCCUGGCCCCUGCCCCAUGCUGGGGCGAGGUCCCGGCCGGAUGUCAGGACGGGUUGGGGGUGCUGACCGCUCUAUGAUUAGUUGAAUGGGGUCACGACAUUCCUGUUCCUGCCCCGACAGUUUCUGUGUUGCAUAUUUGUGUUUAACUCUAAAGCCUAUUAAAAUAAACUUGAGGGACUUUCUGCGA